CUUCCCCAAUAUAAUGCAGCACAUACCCUCUUCUUCGCAUCACCACUCUUACCCAUCUCUCUCUCUCUCUCUCUCUCUCAAUGGAUUAUGACUAUCAAACAAACACUUCCCUUCAUCUCAGCUUGCCGAACAACCAGCCCAAUCUGGAUCUUCUCCUCGACCCGUCGUCCUCCUCCUCCUCGUCGCCCCGUAGCCCAUCCGAAGUGGCCCGGAUGUUCUCGUGCAACUUCUGCCAGAGGAAGUUCUACAGCUCGCAGGCGCUUGGCGGUCACCAGAACGCGCACAAGCUCGAGCGCACCCUUGCCAAGAAAAGCAGAUCGGAGCUGAGCUCGGCCGUCAAGGCCCAUGCGACGGCGGGGCGCUCACCAUCGGGAUCCAGUCAUGCCGUUCGUGUCCGUCAGCGCCACCAUGAGCUCGCGGGUGGCUUUCUCGGAGACGCGGGCUACGGAGGGAUGCGAGAGAUGGCGAGGUACGGGUCGGCUCCGAAAGGGUAUCGUCCAGAGAACCCGCAUCAGGAAGAGUUUUGUCAGCUUGAUUUGUCCUUAAGGCUCUGAAUCGAUUAUUUCGAAAAGAACCUAAAGAAACAAAGAUUAGCAUUCAACUCUCGAGUCUUGUUAUUAGUUAUAUAUUACUUUGCUGAUAGCUUUUCGCUUCUUCGGAUUGAAGAACAAGUUAGAGUUGAAG